ACCUCACCACCGAGCCUAAGUUCUUGUUUCGCCGAGACCAUAUCGCUGCUAUGAGAUGCGAGUAGUAGCGCUGGGGACAGCUGUUCGGCCUGAUCCCUGGGGAGGCUGACGUCACAGGGUCUCUCCACCCAAUUCGGUCAGCGCAUCUCCAUCCUCCCGAGGUCGGCUUACCACACGAUACACAGUAUCAGCCCUCCCAGUCCCCAGCAGCACCUACAACCUCUCCAAAACCGUUUCCGGUCCCAAAUCACUCAAAAUGACAAAAUCAGCCUCCUUCGACGUAAUAGGCACCUGUUUCGCCUUCUCCGCCCCCAUCACCACCAUCCAAUCCCGGCUAGGCCCCAAACUCACCACCGCAGCCGUAGACCCCAAGACCCUCUUCUUCAGCUGGUUCUAUGCCGCCCAACGCGACUUCACCUACGUAUCCAUGAGCGGCUCCUACGUGCCCAUCGCGCAAGUCCUGAAGUCGACUUUCCGUCGCGCAUGUGCCGUCGUAGACCUACCCCUUGACGCCAUCACCGACGAGGAUGUUGACGAAGUGAUGAAAGCGUUCAAAGCCAUGGGGCCGCGUGAUGGGCUGAAAAAGUGUUUCGAUGGGUUGAGAGAGGCGGGCUGGGAUGUUUAUGGCGUUACGAACGGGGGGUCGGAGACGAGUUUGGAUUACUACCGUCAUGCGGGGAUUGAGCUAGAUGCAGAGCAUCUGCUUAGCUGUGAUGCUAUCAAAAUUGCGAAACCGGAUGUUAGGGUGUAUGAGACGGCGGAUAGACAUCUGACAGAACGGGGGUUAGGGAAGCGGGAGGGCGAGAGGUGGUUUGUUGCAGCGCAUGCGUGGGAUUUGAUCGCUGCGAGGAAGGCCGGGUUCAAGACUGCGUAUUUGGACUUUGAGGAACAUGAUCCGUGUACCGAUGUCUUCGGUGAGUUCGAUUUGUAUGCGUCUAGUAUGGAGGAUCUCUUGAUCAAGUUGAAGGAGAGCAAGUGAGUUUGGCGUAAAGUAAAUCACCUAGGCGUUUACAUUGCUCUCAAAUGUUUCGCAGUUUGAUACUUCGUGCCGUUGUAGGCUGCAGGGCAUGAGAUGAGUUGUAGAGUAUCAAGAAUAUUUGGCCUAAG